ACACACCUUUGAAGCAAUUUACUCACUACCUAGAGCACUAAUUUAAAGUUCAACCUUAUUAGCACUCUUCAUAUACCCUCUUCAGUUUCUAAGCUUUUCUGCUCAACCAAGUUCAUGGCAGCAAGCACGACUAGCAUCCCAUCUCACAUAAAAGCCUGGGUCUACAAUGAAUAUGGGAACAUUGAAGAGACUCUCAAGUUAGACCCAAACAUAGCUACGCCACAAAUCAAGGAUGACCAAGUUCUCAUCAAGGUUGUGGCUGCAGCCCUUAACCCUGUUGAUUAUAAGAGGGCCCUUGGACUUUUUAAAGAUACUGACUCUCCAUUCCCAACAGCUCCAGGGUAUGAUGUUGCUGGUGUGGUGGUGAAAGUGGGAAGCAAAGUGAAGAAAUUUAAGGUUGGAGAUGAAGUUUAUGGUGAUAUCAAUGAGAAUGCUGGGAAUCCAAAGGCUAUUGGGACGUUAGCAGAGUAUACUAGUGCCGAAGAGAAGGUGUUGGCACACAAACCCUCUAAUUUGAGCUUUAUUGAAGCUUCUAGCCUCCCUUUAGCAAUCAUCACUGCUUAUCAAGGAAUCGAGAGAGCUCAAUUUUCUUCUGGAAAAUCUAUUCUUGUUCUUGGAGGUGCUGGUGGAGUUGGAAGUCUUGUUAUUCAGUUAGCCAAGCAAGUUUUUGGUGCAUCUAAGGUAGCAGCUACUGCUAGUACUGCAAAAUUGGAGCUGUUAAGGGAAUUAGGAGCAGACUUGCCUAUUGAUUAUACAAAGGAGAAUUUUGAAGAACUGCCAGAAAAGUUUGAUUUUGUGUAUGACACAGUAGAAGGCCAAAGUGACAGGGCAUUGAAGGCUACCAAAGAAGGAGGACAAGUAAUAACAAUAGCAGGACCUGCAAGUCCACCUGCAAUAUGGUUCUUUCUCCAUUCAGAUGGUGCAGUGUUGGACAAACUCAAACCUUAUUUAGACAGUGGCAAGGUGAAGCCAGUGUUGGAUCCAAAGAGCCCUCUCCCAUUUUCUAAGGCAAUAGAAGCAUUUUCCUACCUCAAGACCAAUAGAGCCACUGGAAAAGUAGUUAUACAUCCAAUCCCAUAAGCAUAUAAUGCAUAUUCAAUAUUUCUG